AUGGCCUUGAGCUUGUAUGGCUUUCACCUCUUCUCCAAGUUCAAAGUGUUGGUGCUUGUCACCUUGUGUUUGAUGGUGCUAUGGGCCACCUUCAGUUACUUUGUGGACUCCAGACAGGAAAUUUCUAAAGCUAAGAACAUGGAGGAUUUCAGAAAGGUAGCUAGCCUGGAGGACAGACAAAAGGAAGAGAAGACGGAGUCAAUUGUGAAAGUUCCCACAGUGAAGUCAUUUCAGGGUCCCUGCCCAGCUCUGUCUCCAUACCUGCGAGGUGCCAGCAAACUCACCUUCAAAGCAUCUCUCACGCUAGAAGAAGUGCAAAAGGAGAACCCUCAGGUAGUCAAGGGCCGGUAUCACCCUGCGGAGUGCUCAGCAUUGCAGCACGUGGCCAUCCUCAUCCCACACCGCAACCGAGAGAAGCAUCUGCUGUACCUCCUGGAACACCUCCACCCCUUCCUACAGAGGCAGCAGCUGGACUAUGGCAUCUACGUUAUUCACCAGGCUGGCAGCACCAAGUUUAAUCGAGCUAAACUGCUGAAUGUAGGAUACCUCGAGGCCCUAAAGGAAGCGACCUGGGACUGUUUCAUUUUCCAUGAUGUGGAUCUGGUGCCAGAAAACGACUUUAACAUUUACAUGUGUGACAGACAACCAAAGCACCUUGUGGUUGGCAGGAACAAUACUGGAUACAGGUUACGGUACCAGGGGUACUUCGGAGGUGUAACGGCUCUAACAAGAGAUCAGUUUUCCAAGGUGAAUGGAUUCUCUAACAACUACUGGGGUUGGGGUGGAGAAGAUGACGACCUUCGAAUCAGGUAAUAAAUAAAUAAAAGGCCAGAUGGAAAUGAGU